GGGCAGGUAGGGUAUGUUCGUACGAGGUUUUCUACCUAUUGCUUACUAUUUCGUUUUUCUCGCCCGCAAACUCUGAAAGAUAUUGACGAGUAGAGAGGGUUUGAGGGGGAUGACGGGAGUCCAACCUUGUCGUUCCUCUCCGCAAUCCCUUCUUUCCAUGCGUACCUACUCCAAGUCGUUGGCGCAAUAUAGUAGGGCGGAAAUCGAGAUGCUAUAUUCUUUUCGUACGUCAACCCUUUCGCAUCCCAACCACACUCCCCCCUCCUCGCUAAUCGCUAAGCUGGGGGCGAAGAGGCGCAGUCAGGGCCUUCUCUCUUAGCUCUCCCUGGGUGCUGGUGCGUGCGUUGCGAUCCGAGACUGGGGUCUGGGGUGAAAGGCGUGGAGCGUCUGGGGGGGGGAAGAGGCUGGGGAGAUGAGGCGUGGAAACGGCAAUGUAAGCUUACACAUGCAUACAUAUCGUAUUGUUCCCUUUCCUGGGGUAUGGAUUCUUUUCGGUCUUGGUCAUCACAGUGCU